AUGGACGAUGAUGGAUUUCGCAAUUGGGGUUACUAUGAACCAGCGGCUGCUACAUUCAAAGGUAAUCUCGGUUUGCAACUAAUGUCAAAUAUUGAUCGGAACACUAAACCGUUUUUACCCGGCCGUGACCCGAAUCUGAUGAUCGGUCCAAACGGUUCAUACCACCCGGAUCCUCCAAUCCACAUGAGCUACAAUUGGAUUAAUCAGCAGAAGGAUAAGUUCUUCAACAUGCUGCCUGUAACAAACACUCCUAAUUACGGGAAUGUGCUUCCCGAAACUUCGUCAGCCCCGUCGAUGCAGAUGAAUCUGCAUCAUCAUCAUCAUCCAACCGAGGACAACCCGGUUAAAUGUGAAGAAGAGAUUGUUCAGACUAAGAAGAGAAAGCCUAAUUCAAAAGCUGGUUCAACACCAAAGACGAAGAAGCCUCGGAAACCAAAGGAUGAGAACAGCAAUAGUAACACGAAUGUUUCGCGAGUGAAACCGGCUAAGAAAAGUGUGGACUUGGUGAUCAACGGGGUGAGUAUGGACAUUUCGGGGAUUCCUGUUCCGAUCUGCACUUGCACUGGAGCCCCUCAGCAAUGUUACCGUUGGGGAUGUGGCGGUUGGCAAUCCGCGUGUUGCACCACAAACAUAUCAAUGCAUCCUUUACCGAUGAGUACCAAACGCCGUGGAGCGAGGAUCUCGGGAAGGAAGAUGAGUCAAGGCGCUUUUAAGAAGGUCCUUGAGAAACUCGCGUCGGAUGGGUUUAACUUUGGGAAUCCGAUUGAUCUUAAGAGCCAUUGGGCUAGACAUGGGACUAACAAGUUUGUCACGAUCAGAUGA